AUGGAGUCCGUUCAGCAGCAGUCCAGCCCACGAUGGAUGCUGCGGAACACAUUCAUCGAACUCGUUGAUGAUGUUUCGGAUUCAAACGGAUUUUCAAGCUGCCUGAUGCGUGCAAACUCAGACUCCGUCCUUUACGAGGGCUACUCUAGGCGCCACGUAGCUGAGCCGUCAGAGCAUGCGGCCACGAGUGGGAAGGCAUCGGAAGAGUCUCCGAAUUCCUCCGAGGAGUCCAUGGAAUCCGAACUUGACAGUUGGAGUGAUGCCGAAACGACCCCGGACACCAUGGACGGCGAGAAGUCUUUCCCACUGCCCUGCUAUCAUCACAUCGCGGACUCUCUAAGUGGGAGGAGCACCCCUCGUGCCGCGGGGCAGUAUGUCGCACAGACGCCAAGUCCGAGAUGCAUGGACUGGCCCGCCACCAGCUUCGCCGACACAGGUUUGCCGGCGGAGGAGAUUCGCUCUGAUCCGAUGCCGGACCUUGUCCCUCCCACUCAUGGCCAGGUACCCAAAGCCCACGCCGGCAGAAGGGAUGUCUCGAGACAUGCGCUGCAGAGACUGAUGGCGGAGGUAGCGCAGUUGGAGCAGGAGAAUGAACUUCUCCGUCGAAUGGCACAGGAGCCCGAACAAGAAGUCACAAGCCAAGCUGAUGCACAAGCUGUGAAUCCCUCCCAGCAAGACUGCGGCACGGGUUGGACCGCAAUGUUGAUGCCUGCGGGCUUAGUCCCUGGGUCGAGUAGCAGUUCACAGAUACCGUUCUCGGCUGAGACCUGGACGAGCUCUUAUGGCCCACACUCGGAACCGACGCUUGAAAGCGCGAUGCCCCGGCGACGACGCUUUCGCAGCCACAAGGGCAAGGGAGCUUUGGAGGUAGAGCUCAGCCCCCCAAGAGACAGCCAAAGCAAUGCCACUCAGGCAAAGAGCACGGAGUGUGAUAAACCCAUGGAAGAGUGGACUACAGUGAUGCUUCGCAAUUUGCCCAACAACUAUACCCGCACCAUGAUUCUUGCACUGCUCGACAAAGAGGGCUUUGAGGGCAAGUACAACUUCCUGUACUUGCCGAUCGACUUCCGGACACGGGCUUGCAUGGGCUAUGCCUUCGUGAACUUGGUGGAUCCGGCGCAUGUCCCGGACUUUUGGGCCAAAUUCAGUGGCUACUCCAACUGGUUGGUACGGAGCAAGAAGCUCUGCGGAGUGAGCUGGAGUGAACCACAUCAAGGGCUCGAGUCCCAUGUGGAGCGUUACCGCAACAGCCCCAUCAUGCACGAGAGCGUGCCGGAUGAGUACAGACCAAUCGUUCUUCAGAACGGCGUUCGGGUCGCAUUCCCAGAACCGUCGAAGUCUUCUAGACCCCCGCGCAGUCGCCACCCUGCCAGCCAAUCUGAUGGCAACGUGCACGGCUCGCGGCACAAGCGCCAUACAAGCGCUGAUGAUGCCAAAAGAAAGCUUUCCGGACGGGUUCGAGGUCCACGCCCAGGCAGAUAA